AUUCUCCAAAAUGGACCAUAUAGCCUGCCUCUUGGCUGCGCGUGCAUUGGCCUGCAGACCCGGAAGUGCAUCCUGUGGAGUGGAGGUCACAGCACUGCACACCUCUCCCAGGAACCCUAGAAUCCUGUGUCCAUGUAUCAGCUCAACUCUGCUGGAACAUCCAACAGGAUUAACUUUUAAAGACUCAAUGUUACAUAAGGAAGAAGCCAACAAGAGGAAAGAAAAGGAGUCAAGAAUGGGUGUUAUUCAGGGUCUGUUGACAUUCAGGGAUGUGGCCAUAGAAUUCUCCCAAGAGGAGUGGGAAGACCUGGCCCCUGCUCAGAGGACUUUAUACAGGGAUGUGAUGUUGGAGAACUACAGGAACCUGGUCUCCCUGGGACUCUCUCCUUUUGACCUGAGUGUUGUCUCCUUGUUGGAGCAAGGAGGAGAGCCCUGGAGUGUGGAUGGCCAAGUGAAAGUAUCCAGAAACCCAGUCAAGUGGAAAAGUGUCAAAGGUGUGAACACAGAUACCUCUCCUAAAUGUGUCAUCAAGGGAUUUCCCCCCAGGAGAAGAAGUGGUACCACAGAAAUGUUCCAGACAGCAAUGUUGCAGAAACAUAAAAUCCAUGACAUUCAAGAAUUGUGCUUCAGAGACAGGCAGAUUCUCUGGUGA